CUCUUCCUCGUAUAUAAAUUGCUCCUUAUUUCUCAGUUAAGCAUAUUGAAGCGAGAACCUUCUUCUUCUUGUUCUUGUACAUCUCUAGAGCUUGUGCGGUUACAACAAUGGCUCUACAAGCUGUUCUGCCAUUUCCUCUUGCAUCAUCAACCCAGUUUUCUCUUCAUUUGUAUAAGAGGACCCCAUAUGCAAAUGGAUUCAAGUCUAUUCGGUGUGUCUCUGCUAAUGUUGCUGCCAGUGAUGGGCUCAAAACAAGUAGACGGUCGGCAGAUUAUCCAUUAUCCAUCACUUAUUGGGACUAUGAUCUUCUUCAGUCACUUAGUAGUAACUAUUCUGAAGAGAAAUAUGGCAACAAGGUUGAGGAACUGAAAUAUGAAGUAAAGAGUCUAAUUUAUAGAGAGAUGGAGCCAUUGGCCAAGCUUGAGCUCAUUGAUGAAGUUCAAAGGCUAGGCUUGAAGUACCAUUUUGAGAUGGAGACUAAGAAUGCACUAAAUGUUGUCUAUUCAAACACUAAUAAUGGUUGGCCAUACGAUGAUGAUCUUUAUGCUACUGCACUUCGUUUUAGGUUAUUUAGACAACAUGGGUAUCAUGCCCCCCAAGAUAUAUUUGAGAGGUUCAAAGAUGAGAAAGGUGAAUUCAAGGCAUCACUUUGUGAGGAUGUGAAAGGAUUGUUGAGUAUGUAUGGCUCUUUCUUUGGGUUUGAAGGUGAAAAUACAAAAGAUGAGGCCAAGCUCUUUAGUACUAAACGUUUGGUGGCUCUCAAAACGUCUGCAUCUGGAAGUUUUAGCAGGAAAAUAGAGCAUGCUUUAGAUAUGCCAAUCCACUGGCGGCUGAAUAGGAUGGAGGCAAGAUGGUUUAUUGAUACAUAUGAACAAGAGCAACACAUGAAUCCUACUUUGCUUCAACUCGCUAAACUGGAUUUCAACAUGGUGCAAUCUAUUCAUCAAAAAGAAGUUGGCAAAUUGGCAAGGUGGUGGGUGGAUUUGGGAUUAAAUAAAAUAACCUUUGCUCGAGACAGGCUGGUAGAACACUACUUUUGGGUUUGUGGGAUGGUUUUUGAGCCAGAAUUUGGACACUACAGAGAUAUGACAACAAAAAUUCUAUGUUUGAUUACUGAUGUAGAUGAUGUUUAUGAUGUUUAUGGUUCACUAGAAGAGUUGGAACUUCUCACAGAAUUUAUAGAGAGGUGGGACAUCACCAAGAUUGAUAAGCUUCCUCAUAUGAUCAGAUCAAUCUUCUUGGCAAUGUACAACACUACCAAUGAAAUUGGCUAUUGGACUAUAAAAGAGAAAAACUUCAAUAUUAUUCCAUAUUUAAGAAAAGAGUGGGCAAAACUCUGCAAGACCUACCUUACAGAAGCAAAGUGGUACCAUAAAGGAUAUAAACCAACAUUAGAAGAGUAUCUAGAUAAUGCAGUUGUUUCAAUAGGAGCACCCUUCAUGUUAUUUUGUUGUUAUUUUCUUACUGCUGAUAAAAUAACCACAGAGGCUUUAGAUUUCAUAGAAAAACUUCCAACUAUCGUGCGCUGCCCUUCCCUAGUUCUUCGUCUCACUGAUGAUUUGGGAACUUCAACGUAUGAAUUGGCAAGAGGAGACAAUCUAAAGGCUGUCGAAUGUUAUAUGAAUGAGAAAGAAGUUUCAGAAGAAGUUGCUCGCCAACAUAUCAAUCAUUUAGUCCAUGAAACAUGGAAGGAGAUGAAUAAGGCCAUGCUUUUUAAUUAUCCCUUCUCAGAACCUUUUCUUAGCGCUAAUCCAAAUCUAGGGAGGACUUCUCAAUUCUUUUACCAUCAUAGAUGGACAUGGCUACCCAAUGGAGAUGGACAUGGCUACCCAGGAAAUGAAACCAAGGCUGACCUUUUGCCAUUGUUGUUGAAGCCUAUUUAAUGUCAAACGUCAAGAUUACUUAAUUUAAUUUCUUAAGAUAGAAAUAUGUUUUGGAUGAUCUUGU